ACCUUGGCCCUCGCGUCUCAGUUUCUCACCCCUUUCGAGUUGUUUUUGUCUUCACUCUUCACGUGACCCUUUUUUAAUCUUCUCCUUCUUCACUCUUCAGAUCAAAAGCAAUCAACACCUUUUGUUGAUGAGUAGUGUUUUUGGUUUCUCUCUUCCUCUUCUUCCUCAAUGCCUCAACCACCUCCUCCUCUUUCCUCCGCCGUCUUCUUUCUUCUCUUUUGUCUUAAUGCCAUUUUUGUAGCUGCUGAAGCAGCUUGUGCUUUUAAAGCUCAGUCAUUUUCCAGAUCUUCCUGUCCUCCCUUCUCGUCCGCUCCUCCUUUUCCCUUCUCUAUAUCGCCUGGUUGUGGUCACCCUUCCUUCCAGCUCAAAUGCUCUUCCCCUCACUCCACCAUCUCCAUUAACAACCUUUCUUUCUCUCUCAUUCGCUUUGAACCCAACUCUUCUUCUCUUACUCUUUCCCCACAAGCCCACUCCUUUACGUCUGCCAAAACAUCUACUCAAUCCAACUGUUCUUCUCUUUCCAUUCCUCCCCACUCCAUCAAUCUAUCUGGUUCGCCAUUUCGAUUUUCUGACUCUGACUGUUCUCGUCUCUCUGUUGUUCGCUCUUGUUCAGCUCCAAAUCUCCCCAAUUGCAGUCAUUGCCCUUGGGAAUGCAAGCUCAUCAAGAACCCAGUUCAACUCCUCCAUGGUUGUGGAUCUACUCGCCGCCCUCUCUCCGAGCAGGGUUGUCAACCUGACAUUCUAGGCUAUCUUGAUCAGUUUUUAACGUUUGGGCUGCAGGUUGUGUAUGAUGAAUUUCAAGAUUCUUACUUUUCAAGCUGCAGGGAUUGCAAAUCUAAUAAUGGAAUUUGCGGCUUCAAUUCUUCAGACCCAGAAAAACGAUUCCUCUGUUUUCAGUCUAAAUCUCGCUUCUCACCUCCAUGGAUUCGCGAAGAUGAUGCUAAUAGAAUAGCCAUUUUGUGUUCAGUCUUCACUGUACUUUGUUUAUUACUCGUCAUUUUGGUUGUUGCAGCGAUUUACAGGUCUAGGCGCUUGAGAUCAUUAGCCACUGAAGAAGACCCAACAACACUAUUCCUUCACCGCCACCGCUCUGCGAGUUUGCUCCCCCCUGUGUUCACCUACGAGGAGCUAGAAUCCUCCACCAACAGCUUCGACCCAAAAGGCAAAAUUGGUGAUGGUGGUUUUGGUUCCGUAUUCCUGGGUUAUCUCCGCGACGGUCGAAUUGUGGCUGUUAAGUACCUGCACAAACACCAUCAUGCCGCAGCCGCUGGCAGAGCGUUCUCCACCAAGUCAUUCUGCAAUGAAAUUCUGAUAUUAUCUUCAAUAGAUCACCCAAAUCUCGUUAAGCUUCACGGAUACUGCAGCGAUCCGAGAGGGCUACUUCUGGUAUAUGACUAUGUCCCUAAUGGCACUCUCGCCGACCACCUCCAUGGCCCAAAGAGUUCGUACCGCAAAGCGUCUUUAACAUGGCAAGUGAGGCUUGAUAUUGCAUUGCAAACGGCUCUAGCUCUCGAGUACUUGCAUUUCGCGGUUCAUCCGGCAAUCGUUCAUAGGGAUAUAACAUCAUCAAAUAUUUUUGUAGAGAAAGAUAUGAAAAUUAAAGUUGGGGACUUUGGACUCUCAAGGCUCUUGGUUUUCCCGGAAACCUCUUCGUCUUCAUCAGGGUAUGUUUGGACUGGACCUCAGGGUACGCCCGGGUACUUGGACCCGGAUUACCACCGAUCUUUCCGGUUAACAGAGAAGAGCGACGUGUACAGCUUCGGAGUGGUGUUAUUAGAGCUAAUAUCAGGGUUGAAAGCGGUGGAUCAGAGCAGAGACAAGAGAGAAAUGGCUCUGGCUGAUCUGGUAGUAUCCAAGAUCCAAAUGGGUCAGCUCCAUCAAGUUGUGGACCCAGUAUUGGCUGUGGAAGGGGAGGGGAACGAGAGCAUAUAUGCGGUGGCGGAGCUGGCGUUCCGAUGCGUGGCGGCGGAUAAGGAUGAUAGGCCGGAUUCGAGGGAGGUGGUGGAGGAGCUGAAGCGGGUCCGGAGCCGCACGCGUGGGUUUGGCGGGGCGAAUAAUUCGGGUGAGAUGGCAAAGGGGUGAUUGAUGUCAGAUGUUUUUUGUUUGGAUGCAUAUAGAAACUUUGACAAAAUAGAAUGUUUAUUACA